AUGUACAGUGACCAAUGUGGUGGUCAAAAUAGGAACAUAAAAAUGGCGCUUAUUUGCGACUUUAUAGCAACAUCGACAGAAUUUACUGUGAAUGAAAUUGAUCACAAAUUUUUGGUAUCAGGCCAUUCUUAUCUGCCUUGUGAUCAGGACUUUGGCAUAGUGGAAAAAGAAAAAAGUUUCAUAAAGAUAUAUUUUUACCUGUCCAUUGGAGUCCUAGAAAACAGCAUAACUAAUAGAAAAGUGUCUGAAAAUGAUUCAAAGAUAGAAUGGAUGAAAAUGCAAUGGCUUAGAUACACUUCUGAAAACAAGCACCGUUUUCAGUUUAAAUAUUCCAACUCAGAGGAUGUUUUAUUCAACUUUGUAAAUGUGUCAAAGCACAAGGCAGGUAAUCAAGUUAAUGCUUUACAACUGCUGUUCCCAAAUGGUAGACCGAUUGAAACAAAGAAGAAACAGGAUCUUAUAGAACUUCUUCUAUAUAUUCCUCACAUAUACCACCCAUUCUAUGAAGGUCCGAGUACUUCUGCUACAGCAGUUGAUGAACUAGCUGAGCAGGCCGAUAGAGAAAAUUUUGAUCCAAUCGAUGACGAAAACACUGAAGCAUAG